AAGUUGGUUGUCUUCAUCUGUGUUGUCAUUAACUACAUUUGGUGUCGCUGCCUCCAAGGGUGAAGACUCCAUGGCCGAAGGUAUUUGAGGACGGGGAUGUGCUGAGCUUCCUGAAGGAGUUUGAAGCAGUGGCGGAGCUGGUUGGAGUGAAGGAGCCGGAGUCGAUGACGUUGAUUCAGGGGACGCUAAUGAGAGGUAGAGCGAGAGCUGUAUAUGACAGCUUGGACGGUACUGGCGGGAAGACGACAUGGGAGGUAGUCACGGAGCGUUUGAUCGUGGAGUUUGACAGCCCAGUGGAUAGAGAAGAAGCGCUGCAGAAUUUCCGAGUGGCGAAGUUGCCGGUCGGUGGUGACCCGCUGGUGCUGGCCGUAGAGCUUACCUAGUUGUUGCGUCGCGCGCUGCCGAAUCUGGACGAGGAGUUGGAGGCACAGUUGUUUAUCGAGAGCGUGCCUGUUGCCAUUUCGCAGCAGCUGAGACUGGUACACGCCGCGCAACCUAUGGAUAUCAGUAAGCUUGCAAAGGUGACGCGACAGUUGAUGACACGAACAGUAGCUCCGGUCACGUGCGGAAGUCAGGAGAUAAAUAGCAUGGAGAAGAAAAUUGAACAACUGCAGCACGAGAUUGCGGCAUUACGAAUGACUCGUGAAGGGAAUGAUAAGUGUUACGCAUGUGGAGGGACAGGACACUGGAAGAUAAACUGUCCAACACGACGAAAACGGAGAUAUUUUAGACGUUACGUUUUUCCUUCUUACUCUAAUGAUCUGGGGUUGUUGCAUUAGUGGAUAGAGGGGCAGUCUGUGCAAGAGUGAACGUAAAUGAACUAGAUUUAGUGUGCCUAAUCGAUAUAGGGCCAGCAGUUUCGUAAAUAGGUAAAGAGCAAUGUAAGAUAUUCAAGCCGUGUACAGUGGCAGUUCACACCAUAGGAGGGCAUAUGUUAGAGGUAUUGGGCGUGUCUAACAGUAUCGUAAAAGUGGAUGAUUCUGAAAUAAGUUUUCCGUUCGUGGUAACCGUAAACCUGUCGAGACCAAUAUUAGGAGCGGAUUUCCUAAGAGAAGUAAAAGCAAUAGUUGAUCUAAGAAGCGGUAAGGUGGUCACGAAGUAUGGUUCGUUCCCAAUACAUGAAAGUAGCGAGGUGGCAGAGUUAAUAGUGGCAACAGCCGUUCCAACGAAGAAACCAAACAUUACCGAGUUGUGCACAAAGUAUGCGAAACUGUUCACUGGAGAAGGAGAGCCGUACGGAUUUUGCGACAAAGUAAAGCACGAAAUCCCGAUAAAGAACAAUGGAGUAAGUAUAUUCACAACACGUCGUGUCCCUGUGCACUUAGAGGCUGAAGUAAAUCGACAGGUCCAAGAGUUGUUGAGAGAAGGUAUAAUUGAGGAGGCAGACAGCCCAUAUAGCUCACCAGUACUCUUGGUAAAGAAACCGAAUGGAAAGUAUAGAUUUUGUGUUGAUUUUAGAGAACUGAAUAAUAUAACGGAACUAAAACCGUGUGCAAUGCCAACAGUAGUGGAAACAUUAGAUCGGCUGCAGAAUGCCACGGUGUUUACAGUGUUGGAUUUGCGGUCAGGUUAUUGGCAACUGCCUAUAAAAGAGAGCGAUUGAAGCAAGACAGCAUUUACUGUACGUGACAAACAGUAUCAAUUUAGACGAAUGCCGUUUGGGUUGGCGGGCGCACCAUUUACGUUCAGAAGAUUAAUGUCGCUACUGUUCAGGGAUCUAGAUAAUGUCGAAGUAUAUGGGGACGAUGUAGUUGUAUACAGCCAGACAGAAACAGAUCAUGUCAAACAUGUGGAAGCAGUCUUAAAGAGAAUCGAAGAAUUCGGACUUCGAAUUAGUAAGGACAAGUCACAGAUAGCGAAAAGUAGCAUCACGUUGUUGGGGCAUAAAGUAGGAAAUGGAGAAAUAAAACUACUGCCGGAGAAAAUUCUGACCAUAAAGAACAUUGCAGUACAUAAUUCGAAAAGGAAAUUGAGACAGUUCCUGGAAAGGGCGGCGUUCUACAGUCGAUUCCUCAAGAAUUUCAACGAAAUAGCAGCACCCCUUUAUAAGUUGUUGAGCAACACUAAAUUUUCGUGGACUGAAACCGCCCAACAAACGUAUAAUCAAAUCAAAAACAUGCUAGACUACCGCCAGAUGACGCUCAGACUGCCCAAAAUCAAGAAACCGUUCACAGUGACCACAGACGCAAGUGAUCAUGGUAUAGGUGCCGUUUUGAGUCAGUCUGAUAGAGUGAUGGAAUACGCAAGUCGCGUUCUCACGCCGGCCGAACAGAAGUAUUCAACGAUCGAAAAGGAGUGUUUAGCGAUUGUGUGGACAGUAGACAAGUGGAGACCAUAUCUGUUAGGUAGACGAUUUCACAUCGAGACUGACCAUAUACCCCUACAGUGGUUACAAACAGCACGAGACCCCCAUGGGAAGUUGGCGCGAUGGAUGAUACGUUUGCAGGAGUAUGACUUCAGUAUCGGGCAUAUUCCAGGGAAGGAAAAUGUAAUGGUGGACUACCUGUCAAGACCAGACAUGGAAGCCGAGCUUCCAUUGACAGCAUACACAGUGGGCAGUAUAGAGGGAGAACCACUAGAACUCGUCCGGCAACAGAAAUCUGAUCCUAAACUUAGAGAGGUAAUCAGAGUGAUAAAAGAGGGAGCAGAUGUUGACAAACGAGCAAUGGACAAGGAGGUAAUAAUGUUACUUCGGCAAAAGGAAAGACUGAGAGUGAACACAUAUGGAGCACUGGUCUGGCAGGAUGAUGACAAAAAUUGGGUGGCUGUGAUCCCGAAAGACUGGCGGCGUAAGAUGAUACACGAAUGUCACCAGAUAGCGCAUACAGGUAUUACAAGAUCGACGGAUUUACUGCGGCAAAGUACAUACUGGCCAGGUAUGAGAGACGAUGUGGCCCAAUAUGUGUUGACGUGCCAGCAGUGCCAAUUAAUGAAAAGCGACAGAUACACGCAACCGCCAUUGCAGUCAGUCCCAGUAACCGCAGUCGGCGAUCUAUGGUCGGUAAAUGUGAUGGGACCAUUUCCACAGAUGGAUAGCGGCAAACGAUACUUAUUAGUUAUGACGGAACAUGCUACACGAUGGGUCGACGCUGUACCGAUUGCAGACCAGAGGGCAAAAACAGUGACCGAAUAUGAUACUUACCGAUCAGGGUCCCUGUUUUGAAAGUGACGAGUUAAAGGCCCGUUUAAAGCAGUUCGGCAUCAAGAGGAUACGAACUACACCGUAUCAAGCUCACACGAACGGACUUACAGAAAGAAACAACCAGACAUUAAAGGAAUUGUUAGCAUCUAAAGGAGGGAAUUGGGAGAAAGAGUUACAACCAAUUUUGCCGGCACAUCGUGCCUCUAUACAAGGAACAAUCAGGAAAUCACCCUUCCUACUUAUGUAUGGUAGACAGCCACGACUUUCGAUGCAUAAUAAGACCUGGCCACAACAACAGAAGUGGAGAAAAACAAGAUUAGGAAAAGAGAGGAUAGAGGCAAUAAAGAACGUGGA